AUGAGGCCAUCCCCUGGUGGUGGGGCUGCACCAGCAGCAACAGGGCGUGCUGCUGCUGCUGCUGCUGCUGCUGCUGCGUGGGGAGGGGAGCCAUUUUACUGCAGCGGCAGCUUCGUGCCUCACAGCAGUCAUGCUAGCCCGCAGCAGCAGCCGCAGCAGCAGCCGCAGCAGCAGCAGCAGCAGCAGCACAGCUCAGCAGCUUAUGGAAGUUACGCCUCUUCGCCCACUGCAGCAAGUGUAGCAGCAGACACGGAAGCAGCACACAUGCCCAGAAGCAGCAGCAGCAGGGCCGCAUACAGCAGCAGCAACAGCAGCAGCAGCAGCCGCAGCAGCUACUUCAUGGGCUUCCCAGGUGCUGCUGAGGGCUACCCUAUGAACUACUAUCCGCAGGUGCAGCAGCAGCAAUGGCAACAGCAGUACCUACAGGAACAGCAGCAGCAGCAGCAACAGCAGCAGCAAGAGCAGCUGCAGAAGCAGAAGCUGCAGCAGCAGCAGCAUGGGGUGUACACAGCGUGGAGAGACAGCAGCACUCCUCUAAGUGGGACUGCAGCAGCAGCAGCAGCAGCAGCAAAUGCCAGCAGCAUCGACGAAGACAGCUGGCCUCCUUUAUGUGCACAAGUGGGCAUCAGGGGUGCAGCAGCAGCAGGACCAGAAGCAGACCCUGCAGCAGCAGCAGCAGCAGCAGCAGAAGCAGCUGCUGCUGACCCCCUCACGACGGCUGCAGAGGCUCUGUGGCAGUCCAUGGAGCUGAUUCGGCUGUCGCGGCUGCUGCUGACUGCCAUUGACCAGGUCUGCAGCAGCAGCAGCAGCAGCAGCAGCAGCAGCAGCAGCAGCAGAAGUUGCAUGCACCCCGCUGCUGCUACUGCUGCUGCUGCAGCACGGGUGUGGGGUGGCAGCCCUGUGGAGCUGGCUGGCCAAGGAGUGUCGCCUAUAAGGGCGAGCGACUUGGGUGCAGCGCAGCAGCAGCUGCUGCUGCUUGCUGCUGCAGCACAUCGCUGCAGCAGCAACCUGUGGGUGGCGCUGGCCCCGGAAGCAGCAGCAGCGGAGCAGCUGCACGCGCAGCAGCAAGACAACCCUGAUGUUGCUGUUUUUGCUGCUUUUGCUGCUGCUGCUGCUGAGGGCGCAGCAGCAGACGCGCAGCCGGUGCUGCAGUCUAGCCGAGAGCAGCGCCAGCUGCUGCAGCGUCAGGUCAGGCAGCAGCUGCUGCUCCAGCAGAUCCAGCAGCAGCAGCAGCAGCAGCAGCAGCAGCAGGCCACUCAAGGCUUUACACAGCCAAGCAGCAGCGUUUCCUUGAAUCUGCGGCAGCAAGUAGUGCAGCAGCUGCAGCCGCAAGAGCAGCCGCGACCGCUGCAGCUGCCAACAGCCAGCAGCAGCAGCAGCAGCAGCAGCAGCAGCAGCGGCAGCAACAGCAGCGCCAGAAUCGACAUGCGCUCAGCUGUGCUGCAGCAGCUCGCACAAGCUGAAAGAGACACACCUGCUGCAGCAAGUGUGUGCAGCAGCAGCGGCAGCAGCAAUCCCGAGCUCCGCAGCAGGUCCGCCCCCACCACGGCUGCUCCGUCUCAGCAGCAGCAGCAGCAGCAGCAGCAGCAGCAGGCAGCAGGGAACGAGCAGCAAGCACAAGAGGAUGAGCUAGGGAUCAGCUGCGUGCAGCGGGCGCUGCUGCAGCUCGCGGCCGAGGGGCCGGAGUACCUGCGGCUGCUGCGCCGGCUGCUGCUGCUGGACUGCAGCAGCAAACCGCAGCAGCAGCAGCAGCAGCAGCAGCAGCAGCAGCAGCAGAGGAAGCAGUGCCGCGUCGCUGUGCCUCCCCGCCAUGUCCUGAACCGAUGGUUUAAGAGCGGCCUGAAGAACUUCCCAGAGGCGCAGUGGCUGCUGCAGCAGCACGAGAAGCAGCAAGGAGAGCAGCAGCAGCAGCAGCAGCAGCAGCAGCAAGACUGGAGCCUCGCGUAUGCUGCGCAGGUUGCAGCGGCAGAAGCAGGCUUGCUGCUGCAGCAGGCAGUUUCCAUUCACCGCAGCGUGCAGCAAAUGGAACACGACGACAAGUAUUUGCUGCUGCUGCUGCAGCGGCUUGGCCCCCUUUGCCAAAGCUUUUACCAGGAGCUGAAGCCGCUGCUGCAGGGAGCUGCUGCUGCUGCUGCUGCUGCACCUGCUGCUGCGGGCAGCAUAUACAGCUAA